AUGGAAAAGUUGGAGCAACAGUUCUCGGAGAAUCUAUUAAUCACCUCCACAAGUGAAACACAACCUCCCAAAUCGGUAAGAGAACACUACUCUGACCCGAUCCCAGUUGAUCUACUUGUCGAAAUAUUCUCUCGAGUCCCGGCAGAUUCUAUAGCAAGGUUCCGUUGCGUAUCGAAAUUCUGGGGUUACAUACUUGGUCGUCCUGAUUUCACAGAGCUGUUUCUGACCAAGUCUUCCACUCGUCCACGCCUCUUAUUCACCUUAACGGCUGAUGAUGGCAAGUUACUAUUCUACUCUUCACCCCAGCCUCAAAAUCCCGAUGAUAACUCUACUGUUGUAGCCACUCGUUAUCAUACGUCUUCUUACACAUAUUUUCCAUCUUGGUACUCUAAUAAAAUCCUUGGAUUGGUCCUUCUUCAUAAAACUUAUAAUAGAAAGGUGCGGCUGAUUUGUAACCCUGUCACGGGAGAUUUCCUAACCUUACCCAAACUGCUUGUGGAAGACAAAACCAUAACCGGAGUGGAAGCUAGAGCUAAGGCGAUUAAUGGAGGAAUCCAUUUGGGAUACGAUCCAAUCAGAAAACAGUUCAAAGUGUUGCGUAUGAACUUGUCAUGUGGUGAAAGACCCAAUACUCAUCAUGUUUUGACAUUGGAGUAUGGAAAACGUUUGUGGAGAAGUAUCGGAUGCAAAUAUCAUUUUAUAGAGAAUGGUAGAAAGUUUGGUGAAGUAUGCAUAAAUGGUGUUUUGUAUUUCGGAGCUGUGUUGGGACGAUAUUGGGUGAUAGUUUGCUUCGACGUUAGGUGA